AUGAGGUGUUGGUUAUGCUGUCCAUCUGGAAAGGAGGGCACAUUUCGAGCAGUUGACUGGCUUGUGGAACUUAUGAACCUAUAUACAAAGGUGGUAUACAGUGGCUUGGGAUCUGGGAAAACGAUUAACUACAUGAUUAGUCAAUCAUCAAUAAUCAAUGCAUACCACCAGUGCAUUGAAGACAUUGAGAGCGAUUUUCACAUACCAGAGAAAACACUCCAUCAUGCAGCUCCUGACAUCCAAUCGAGGUUGGAUGGUUUAAGAAAGAGCCUUCAUGAACUUUGGCCACAUCAGUACAGAAGGCACCUUAUGAGAUAG